AUGAGACAUCGACUGAUCGCGUUGGCAUCGCUCCCUCGCGUCAGCACGCUUCCGUCGGCCCGCUGUGCACCCUUAUUUACUCGCAGUUCUCCUGCUGCAUCAAUACGACAAGGCGUGUUCUCACAACUUCGAUGCUUGACAAAUCGGAGACAAUCGGACCUUGACAAAUAUGGCGAUUACUCAAAUAGCAAUGCCAGGCCCGCUGCAGAACUCAACGAAAACAUAACGCAGGAGGAGAAGGACCAUUUCGCACAGAAGCUGAAAGAAGACAAGGGCAAGCAGAUACGCACGCCAUGGCAUAGAGAGGGAAGCGAUACGCCGCCUGUUGCGCGACAGAGGAGUGCUGGAGCGAUGACCAAGGGGAAAUUGUUAACUACACCGUCUCGCAUGCUGAAGAUCAUCCUCCCCCUCACCACUAGCGACCAGAAUACCGAUCGCAAGGACAUUGAACCGCUGGCACUCCUGGUACAUCCACAGCAGCCUAUCUCAUAUCUUGAGCGUCUGAUACAGGCUGAGCUUCCUACAAUCAAAGACAAGCAAGGUCGUGAGCGGCAGCCACACGUGUACUUUCGGGCUGAAGAUUCAGUACAACCAGAGGAAGAGUCAGGGGACACGAAGAAAACGCCAGUCAGCAGUGAAAAGGAAAGCUUGAGCCAACAAGAAGGAGAAGAAGACUUUGAGCAGGUCGAUGAGAUCCGCAUCGACGGUAAAAUCCACAAGACAGGCAAACUUGGCACGCGCGAUAGGAUGAUGCCAGAACAAGCAGAGGAGCUACGAGGUGGGCCCGGAGAGGGAGGGGUAGAGUCGUACUCUGGCCAAGGUCACGAGGCCUCUUCAGACAAAGAAGGAGAGCGCAGAUUUGUACGAUGGUCUUCGUCGACCGAGAUUGGUGACUUCAUUCGUGACGCUGCCCGAGGGCAAGAGUUUGCAAUUGAGAUCGAAGGCGCGCCCGAAGAAAUCCGAGUUGGUGUGCCCAGCUUCAACGACAGGACUUACUAUCUGCGAAUGCGGUUACGUAAAAUAUCAAAGAAGAUUAGCGCCAUGGCCGACGUCAAGAAGGAGUGCGAUGAUCUAGCGCAGCUGGGUGCCAAAAGGGUAGCCAUGGCUGGGUUUGGUGGAAUUGUAGGAUGGUGGUGCGUUGUCUAUUACCUCACGUUCCAGACUGAGCUAGGAUGGGACGUUAUGGAACCUGUGACGUAUCUUGUUGGUCUUUCGACACUUAUUGGUGGUUACGUCUGGUUCCUGUACCAUAACCGCGAAGUUAGUUAUCGUUCGGCCAUGAACUUUACUGUGUCUCGUCGACAGCAGAAACUCUACCAGCAGCACAACUUCGAUCUGCGCAAGUGGGAGGCGCUGAUUGAAGAUGGCAACACUCUCCGCAAGGAAAUCAAAGCGAUUGCGAACGAAUACGAUGUUGAGUGGGAUGAGCUGCAGGACGAAAAGGAUGAAAAGGUGCAGCAGGCGCUUAAGAAUGAGCGCCGCCGCAAGGAAGAGAAGAAGAAGAGCAAGGAUGAUGAUGACGAGCCGGUUCCGGUAACCAAGGACGAGAAAGGCAGUAAGUAG